GGAAGUUUACGCUACAGCAUGUGUCUUCUGAGGGAAAGCAAACGGUGAACGAUCUGAACAUGAAUUUCUGUACAAGUAUAGUUAGCAGAGAGUUUUGCGCAAUUCUUUAUCAUCCACAAACAUGGGCACACUGUCGCAGACUUCAGCGGAGCUUACGGGGCCUGAGCGCCGGGGUCACAUUGGACACAGACCCGAGAGACAAGCCUCGACUUCGGGCAGUGGAUCUGGCGGAAAAGGUUCAGAAGGAGAAACUAAAGACCCACGUAGACCCGACUCCCGUGUCCGCAUUACAGCAGAGGGUGACUGAGCUCAAACAGUUCACACGGCAGCUCCAAAAUGUGCAUCCCAAUGUGAUGGCCAAACACCUGCACAGAAGCGUCCUGUAUCAGGACAAGGACCUGGUUAUCAUCAACAAACCAUACGGAAUAACUGUGCGAGAUGACUCCACAACAAACUCAAUGUCCAUCUCCAGUGUGCUUCCUAUACUGUGUAAAAUGAUGGAUGGGAUGAAAGUGAAGACUGAUUCUCUGCUUCUGCCUUGUCUGGGUCUGGAGAAGGAGGUCACUGGGGUUCUUCUGUUAGCUCAAAGUGUAAAAGCAGCAGAGCAUAUAACUUACCUACAUAGACACAACCAAGUGCAAAGGAAAUACUGGGCUGUUGUAGUGGGUAAGCCAGUUCCAGCGGAGGGAGUCAUAGAUAUUCCAAUUAUUGAACGUGAGGUCACCAGACCUCAGCCACAUUAUAAGAUGUCUCUUAGUCCUCUUUUCCGAAUGAACAAUGGUGGAGAUGGUCUAACCAAAAUGCGAGCGCAUCGGCAAGCUGAACCUGCAGUGACCAAAUAUAAGGUUUUGGAUAGCAACAGUGGUUGCAGUCUUGUGGAACUAGAGCCACUGACUGAUGUGAAGCAUCAGUUGAGGGUUCAUAUGGCAUUUGCCUUGGCUUGUCCCAUUCUUGGUGAUCAUAAAUAUUCCCACUGGAGCAAGCUGGCACCUCAGAAGUUGCCAGAGCGGGUACUGAAAAAGCUGAAACUGGAACAAAGCAAGAGCCGUAAUCUUCCUCUUCACUUGCAUGCUCGAGAGUUGACAGUUCAACAAACACCAGAAAUUAACCUCACCUGUCCUCUUCCUAAAUACUUUUUCCAGACUGUGGGUCUUCUUCACCUAACUUUUACAGAUGAAAAACACAAAUAAUACAAUUACGAAUUGUAAUCCUA